UGAGGGCGGGAAGGCGCCGCUGUCCCGAGGGAAGGAGCUGCUGCCCGCGGGGAAGGAGCCGCCCUGUCUCCGCUGUGCCAUGGAGGACGUGCUGCCCUCGGGCCUGCUGGAGAUCUGUCUGCUGGUCGGUGCGCCCACAGAGCGGGUGCGGGCGCUGCUCCAGGGCACUCAGAGAAAACUCAGAAAUCUUCCUCCCCUCGAUCCAGAAGUUCUUUCUGUGUUUGUGCCUCCGUUUAUCAGCAGAGAUGAUGUUCAGGUGAUUAAUUCUGGUAAUAACUUCAAUAAAAGCAAACGCCGAUCCUUCCGAAAGAAAAAGGAGAGGCCCAAGAUUGAAAAUGUCAAGAGCUUCAACGGGGAGCAGAAAGCACCUGACACAGAAGAUGUGGUUGUUCCAAAGGACAUUGAUCUUAUUGCUUUGCCACAGCUCUGCUUCCCAGGAGGACUUUAUGUAACUUCUGAAUCAAAAGAGGACCACAUCCAUUUCCUGGUCUUUACUGACGUUUGUGGUAACAGAACCUAUGGUGUUGUUGCACAGUACUACCAGUCUAUGCAAGAUGGCUCCACCUCCUCGAAUGGGCAGAGCCAUUGGGAAUCUGCACAGACUGGGAAGGUGCCUGUGUGUUUUGUACCCUGUGCUGUUUGUGUUAUAUCCAGAUACCCCUAUUUUAGUGCCCUCAAGGAUUGUCUCUCUAGCUUACUAGUGCAGCUACGACCUUUCAGGGAUUUAGAUGUCGAGGAGCACAUAAAGGAAUUUGCAGCAAAGCUGUUUUUAAUCCCCAGCCCGCCACCAGGACCACUCCACUUGGUAUUUCAUAUGAAGCCUCUUCAAAUAAUAAUUCCUUCACGAGAGGAUCCAGACAGUCCAAUUAUUGACUUGGAUCUUCAUCUUCCAUUGCUGUGUUUCAAGCCAGAGCAGGUGCUGCAGAUUAUGACCUGUAUUUUGACUGAGCAGAGAAUUGUUUUCUUCUCUUCUGACUGGGCCCUGCUGACAAUUGUUGCUGAAUGCUUUAUGUUGUACCUUCAUCCUCUUCAGUGGCAGCACACUUUUGUGCCUAUUCUGUCCCGGCAAAUGCUGGAUUUUGUGAUGGCUCCAACAUCUUUCCUCAUGGGAUGUCACAUUGAUCAUUUUGAUGAAGUGAGCACGGAAGGUGAAGAUUUAAUUCUAAUUAAUAUAGAUAAUGGAGAUAUUUCUCAUUCAAAAAUGGUUGAAGAAGAACUUGAGAUUCCAGAUGCUCCAGCACAAGCAGCAGAAACUUUCAUAAAAAGAGUGGAGGGUCUGCAGCUGCACUUUGAUCUGGAGCUCUGCCAUCUCCGAGCCAGCACAGACCUUGGUGAGAUCCAAACCCGCAGGAGGGCUUGGCAGCAGAAACUCAACAUGGAUGUGCAGCAAACCAUGCUGCAGUUAAUUGUUAAUAUCUUCAGGGAGGUAAAAGACCAUCUAAAUUAUGAACACAGAGUGUUUAACAGUGAAGAAUUUCUGAAAACAAGGGCAAUCGGAGACCAGCCAUUCUACAAAAAGGUUUUAGAGACCUACAUGUUUCACUCUUUCCUUAAAGCUCGUCUGAACAGAAAGAUGGAUGCUUUUGCUCGGCUUGACUUGAGUACCCGGUCUGAAGAGGACAGGUUAGAUUUGAUGUUUCCCAGCCCCAGAAGGCUGACAAUAGAGAAAAUGGCUUCCAAGCGAAUGAGUGCGGAGCGCAGGGCCAGCCGGCGCAUGGUGAUCAGCAUGCCCAACCUGCAGGACUUCCAGCUGCCAGAGGGGCCCACCAGGAACUCCUCACUCCGAAAAGUGGGAGCAGCUGUUGCUGUGAGAACACCCUCCAAAUCCAUCACCACAUUCAAAAUUCCUGAAAUUCACUUUCCUCUGAUGUUCCAGUGUGUUCAUUCCUACUACACAGACUUCUUCAACCACCUCAGCAAAGCUAUCAGUACCUUACCCCCUGAGAACUCUGCAUUGCUGGCAAGGUACUUCUACCUCCGGGGCCUUGUUAGCUUGAUGCAAGGGAAACUACUAAAUGCACUUUCUGACUUUCAGAACCUAGAAAAAACAGACUUAAGAAUUUUCCCUACUGAUCUUGUAAGAAAAAUAGUGGAGACCCUGCCUCGCUCAGAGCGCUUGCAGGCAGACCGCAAACCUGAGCUCAAGAGGCUGAUAAGUCGAGUGAUGGAAAAGCAAAGAGAAGUUCUGAAAAUAGAUGACCACGUAAAAAAUUUUGAAUUGCCAAAAACACACAUGCAGCUGGAUGAUUUUGUGAAGAGAAUUCAGGAGUCUGGGAUUGUCAGGGAUACAGACACUAUCCACCGGUUAUUCGAUGCCCUGACAGUAGGACAGCAGAAACAAAUUGAUCCUGAAACAUUCCGAGAUUUCUACAACUACUGGAAAGAAACUGAAGCAGAAGCUCAAGAGGUGAAUCUACCACCAGCAGUAAUAGAGCAUCUAGAUAAAAAUGAAUGUGUCUACAAGUUAUCCUGCUCAGUUAAAACCAACUAUGGUGUAGGGAAAAUAGCUCUGACCCAGAAACGCUUGUUCCUGUUGACUGAAGGAGGCCGUCCUGGCUAUGUCCCAAUUGCUGCUUUCAGGGAUAUAGAGGAUGUUAAGAGCACUACUGUAGCUUUCCUUCUUUUGAGAAUACCUACUCUGAGGAUUAAAACAUUAUAUAAAAAAGAAGUCUUUGAAGCCAACCUUAAAACUGAAUGUGAUCUCUGGUACUUGAUCGUGAAAGAAAUGUGGGCUGGAAAGAAAAUGGCAUAUGAUCACAAGGAUCCUCAGUAUAUCCAGCAAGCCCUGACAAAUGUUCUUCUGAUGGAUGCUGUGGUUGGUGCCCUGCAGUCCUCCAAAAGCAUCUAUGCAGCCUCUAAACUGUCUUAUUUUGACAGGAUGAAAAAUGAAGUGCCUAUGAUGGUCCCCAAAACAACUUCAGAGACACUAAAGCACAAGAUCAACCCCUCAGCUGGUGAGACAUUUCCACAGGCAAUAGAUGUCUUGCUUUAUACUCCAGGGCAUCUUGACCCUUCAGAAAGACUGGACAAUGCUCAUCCAAAACUCUGGUGUGCUUUAAAUGAGGGGAAGGUGGUGGUUUUUGAUGCCUCUACCUGGUCUAUCCAGCAACACUGCUUCAAAAUGGGCCGCUCUAAACUGACUUGCAUGGUUAUGGUGGAGCAGAGUCAAGUAUGGAUUGGUUCUCAGGACUCCAUUAUUUAUAUCAUCAACACCCACAGUAUGUCUUGUAAUAAACAACUGAAUGAUCAUCGCUCUGAUGUUACAGACAUUGUUGUGGAGAAGAACAGAACACCCAGUGAAGCAUAUUCCAGCAGUUUAGAUGGAAUGGUGAUUGCUUGGAACAUCAGCACUCUCAAAGUGAACCGUGUCUUUCAGCUGCCCUGCCAAAAUCUCACCUCUAUGAAGCUUCAUAAUGACCAACUGUGGUGCUGUACAAGAAGUUGCAUUCUUGUAGUGUCAAUUCACGAGUUUCAAGUGCAGAUGAAAAUCGAGCACCACCUGAGGGAUGUGUGUUCCUCUUUUCUUGGCUUCCAGCUCUUUCCUGAGAGAGAUGAAGUGUGGGCGUCUUACUCCGGGAGUAGUGACCUGUACAUUUGGAACAGCAAAGACCUUUCCAGUACACCUCAAAAGAUUCAUCUUCAGGAUUGCUCUGAGAUUACUUGUAUGAUAAGAGUUAAAAAUCAGCUGUGGGUUGGCAGCAGUGGGAGGCUGCAGGGCAAGAGCAAAGGGAAGAUCUACGUGGUCAGUGCUGAGAGGAGGAGCGUGGACAAGGAGCUGCUGGGCCACGCCGACGCGGUGCGGGCGCUGUGCUCCGCCGAGGACAGGUACGUCCUCAGCGGCUCUGGCAAGGAGGAGGGCAAGAUUGCCAUUUGGAAGGCUGGAUAGUCACACUGUUCCUAAUGCCUCUGCCUCCUCUGGGGAAAGGUAAACACCUGGGACUGUGUUUACUUCAGCAUUUUGUAUCUACUUCAACCACCUGCCAGUGUUACUGUCGUGUACUUACUGGGUUUCCAUCCCUGUGUUGUAGAAAAUGGAAAUCAAAGCAAAUCUCCCCUCACACCUUGUCCUGCUCCUGCACAUUUGGUAAAGGAACAGAAAUAGGAGAAGACAGGUCACUGUCUUCAAACUGGACAUGAGGUGGUGUGGAGGGUCAGGGUCACCUGCCUGGGGCAGGUCAUGUUGGGAACACCAGAGCCAGCUCAGUAAUUCCAUGGGAGCUCUCUCUCAGCAGUGCAAGGUUGCUUAAAAGAGGGAUUUUAUUAUGUCUUUACAGCUUGUAAGAGGUGGAAAAGGGCACUGAAAGGUAAAAAACCAAGUAUGCUUGAACUUGGAGAGCUGUCACUGUGAUCAUCCUUCUGAGCUCAGAGCUGUAGGUAGGCAGUGUCCCUUACCCUGGAUGGGAUUUCUGGGGCUGUUUUGUUUAUAAUGCAGGCUCAGGCAGGCUCUCCCCAACAGCACUGAAAGCUCCUUCAGCUGAAACAAGGUAUUUCUAAUGAAUAUUUUAAUUCUUAAAUGUAUUUUUUCUUUGAAAACAAUGCACAGCACUUGGCAUUUGGAACAGUUAGUGAAACUGAUUAUUAUUUAUCUGAAGCAUUAAUUUAUUUAAUUCCUGUAUAUAUUAUACUUGCUUUUGGAAGCACCUCCCAGUCCCUGUGGAGACAAAUCUCUGCCACUCUUCCCUUCAGUGUCUGUUUCUGCAGUCAGAGGAACUGCUGUUAUUUUGAGUAGAACCUGCUUCAUUUUUAAGUUCUGCACAGUCCUGAAACCCCUCCUCAAUCCCUGGAAUGAGCACCAGGGGCUGCAGCCUGCAGGAGUCUCCAGAGCAGCAUUCCUGAUCAGUGCCUGAUGUACAGUGGUUUUUCCACUGGUAACAUUUAUCUGAAAAUAAAACAAUAAAUCUGUGCAGAUGAGUGUUAUCUGCAUCAGUGCAGAGUGCAAAACAGUGUCUAAAAGACUGUAAACAGAAGGACAAAAUGGGCUGCUACUUUUCUUAAUAAAUAUAAACCAGUGUAGGGCUAAAUAGAAGGGUAUAAACAACUGGAAAAUAUUAUGACUAGAAAUUUUAUGACUCUGUAUAAUAUUUCUGCUGAUAAAAGUUUUUGGUAUUAUGGUAACUGAGAUUUUACUUUUUUAGCUUUUGUAUCAAUUUAAUAACAUUAAAUACUCUAUUGAUAUAUAUU